AUUAUUAUCUCUCACUUCCUCUGUUUUUUCAUUGAGAAUACCAAAGCAAAUCACAAAACUAAACAAAAAGAUGGCUGCUUUUUCAUCACACCAAUUACAACACAAUAACUCUUUUCUUCUUGAUUCAGUAUUUUUGCCAACUUCUCCUACUAAGAUGUCUGGCUUUUUUGAGGAACCAAACAAUUCUUGUAUAGUACAAAAUUGUUUUCCUCAAUUUUACCAACAGGAAUUCCCUUCCAAUUUAAUUCUUCAUGAAAAUAGCUUUUGCCUUGAUCAAACCAUGAACGACCCUAAAAGUAGCAGCAGUAUAAGCUUAGAUAUGGAUUCUUCCUCUGUUACUGAUAAAAUUGAAAGUGGAAAUAAUAAUAAGGCUAAUUUUAGUCCUUUGGAAAAGAAAAGAAAAUCUAGUGAAGGGUCUUCUUCUAUGACUUCUGCUCAUUCUAAGAAUGAGAAACAGGGUGAUGACGGGAAAAAGAAGAAAAUUAAUAGCAAAUUAGUAGCCAAAGAUGAGAAGAAAGCUAAUGAAGAAGCACCAACAGGGUACAUUCAUGUUAGAGCAAGAAGGGGCCAGGCAACUGAUAGCCAUAGUCUUGCUGAAAGGGUGAGGAGAGAGAAAAUAAGUGAAAGGAUGAAGAUAUUGCAAUCUCUUGUUCCUGGUUGUGACAAGGUAACUGGAAAGGCCCUUAUGUUGGAUGAGAUAAUUAAUUAUGUCCAAUCUUUGCAAAACCAAGUUGAGUUUCUCUCCAUGAAACUUACUUCUUUGAAUCCAAUGUACUAUGACUUUGGAAUGGACUUAGAUGCACUCAUGGUCAGACCUGAUGACCAGAGUUUGAGUGGCUUGGAGACACAAAUGGCAAAUAUUCAGCAAGGUAGCACAACUACUACAUCACAGGCAGCUGAAGUAAUUGCUAACACUAAUAGUGGCUAUCCAUUUUUGGAUAAUUCAACAUCACUCAUGUUUCAACAAGCCCAUUUCCCUAAUUCUAUUCCUCAGGGUAAUGGACAGCUCUUAUGGGGUGCAGAUGACCAAAGACAAAAAAUAAUAAAUCAGUCAGGAUUCAGCAACAACUUUUGUUCUUUCCAUUAAUAUAACACCAGGCCCCUACUGUCCUGCCCUACACAA